AUGUGGGGAGGCUGUGCAGAGCGGGUUCAGGGCAGCCCGACAGCUGGAGCUGUGUGGAAGGCAGCCCGAGACCCAGUGGGAGGGACGGUCCCCGAUGGGGCGGGGCCACCUGUCAAUCAGAGGAGUUUAGGGGGAAUAAAACCAGCAGGAUCUGGCCAGUUAUUCGGGGACCUGAAACCUCCCCGGAGCCGCAGUCUCCGCGCGGGGCGGCCUGGGAAAGUCACCAGUCAGCAGCGCAGUGGCGGGAACCGCAGCCCGGCGGCCCUGGAACCUCCCAGGUCAGAGGAGCUGCGGGGCUGGGACACGGGACGGGAGGGACCGGACCGGGGUGUGCUCGCCGAGGCUGCUCAGAAGGACACAGCUUCCAAAAUUCUGUUAUGGAUAGCUUUCUGUUGUCGGUCUCACACUACUCAGCCAGAUCUGCUCAGCUGUGAAUCAGAAAAACGAGCCGUGGACGAUGGAGAGAGAGGAGACAGUAGCUGGGGAUCCAGGGAUGUGGCUGUGGACAUCUCCAAGGAAGAAUGGGAAUGUCUAGACUGUGCUCAGAGGGCUUUGUACAUGGAUGUGAUGCUGGAGAAUUACAACAACCUACUCUUUGUAGAGAACCAUUGCAUAUGUGGUAAAUAUGAGAAGGUCUGGCAUCAAGUCACAAAGCAUUUCAUCCAUGAUCAUGAAAACAUCAAAGAGAAGUCUUGUAAAUGUAAUGAGCUUGGCAAAGUGAUUCAUGAAUCCAGCCAGUGUACACCUUGGGACACAAGUGAUACUACAGAAAAUAACAAGUACAGAGUUGGUAACCACAGAGAUGCCUGUGUUGAAGCCUUAAACCUCAACAGACACAAAAGUGGGAAUGCUAGAGAAGAACCUUGCAAGUAUACAGACUGUGUAAACUGUUUAAAUUUGUGUUCCAUCAUUAACCAAAAUCAAAGAAAUCACACAGGAAAGGAAGAACACAAAAAUAUGGAGAUUGAUGCAUCUUUUGACUCUAAUACAGAAAUCACACUGAAACAAACUGAUAGUGGGAAGAAACCACACCAAUGCAGAAAAUGUGGAAAAUGCCUCAAGACUCACUCAAGCCUCAUUAGACAUCAGAGAGCCCAUCCUAGAGACAAACCCGACAAAUGUACAGAAUGUGGUAAGGGCUUUUGUCACACAUCACACUUUAGAAGACAUUACAGGGUCCAUAUUGGAGAGAAACCUUACAGAUGUAGUGAAUGUGACAAAUGCUUUACAAGUGACUCAUAUCUUAGAAUACAUCAGAGAACCCACAGAGGAGAGACUUAUAUAUGUAGUGAAUGUGACAAAUCCUUUACCACAGAAGGUCAUCUUAGAACUCAUCAGAGAAUCCAUGCAGGAGAGAAAUCUUACAAAUGUAGUGAAUGUGAGAAAUCCUUCUUGAGUGUCUUUGGUCGUAGAAAACAUCUGAAAACUCAUACAGGUGAGAAGCCUUACACAUGUAGUUCAUGUGACAAAUCCUUUAUCCAGAAAGCCAGUUUUAAAAUGCAUCAGAGAAUUCAUUCAGGAGAGAAACCUUACAAAUGUAGUGAAUGUGACAAAUUCUUCAUACAGGGCUCAGAUCUUAGAAAACAUCUGAAAACUCAUACAGGUGAGAAGCCUUACACAUGUAGUGAAUGUGACAAAUCCUUUACCCAGAAAGCCAGUCUUAAAGUACAUCAGAGAAUUCAUUCAGGGGAGAAACCUUACAAAUGUAGUGAAUGUGAAAAAUUCUUCAUACAGGGCUCAGAUCUUAGAAAACAUCUGAAAACUCAUACAGGUGAGAAGCCUUACACAUGUAGUGAAUGUGACAAAUCCUUUAUUAGUUGUUCAGAACUUAGAAAACAUCAGAGAAUUCAUUCAGGAGAGAAACCUUACAAAUGUAGUAAAUGUGACAAAUCCUUUACUCAGAAAGGCAGUCUUAAAAUGCAUCAGAGAAUUCAUACAGGAGAGAAACCUUACAAAUGUAGUGAAUGUGACAAAUCCUUUACUGAUAAAGGGAAUCUUAGAAAGCAUCAGAGAAUUCAUACAGGAGAGAAACCCUACAAAUGUAGUGAAUGUGACAAAUCCUUUUCCCAGAAAUACAAUUUUAGAAUACAUCAGAGAUUUCAUACAGGAGAGAAACCUUACAAAUGUAGUGAAUGUGAGAAAUCCUUUACAUUUGGCUCAUCUCUUAGUAUACAUCAGAGAAUCCACAGAGGAGAGACUUACAAAUGUAGUGAAUGUGAGAAAUCCUUUACCCAGAAAGGGAAUCUUAGAACUCAUCAGAGAAUCCACACAGGAGAGAAACCUUACAAAUGUAGUGAAUGUGACAAAUCAUUUUCUCAGAAAGACCAUCUUAGAACUCAUCAGACUUCAUACAGGAGAGAAACCUUACAAAUGUAGUGAAUGUGACAAAUCUUUUUCAUGUUGCUCAGCUCUUAGAAAACAUCUGAAAACUCAUACAGCUGGGAAACAUUACAUACUGUAGUGAAUGCUAGAAAUUCUUUACAGAGAAAGAAGUUUUGAACUCAUUAGAGAAUACAUACACUUGAGAAACUUUAGAAAUGUAGCAAACAUGAGAAAUCCUUUACUCCUUGCUCAUCUCAGAAUCUGUUAUGGGAUAUUUGAUCAUACUCUGAAACCUAUAUGUUAAAAUCAACCAUGGAUUGGGGUUGUGCCCUGGAACUAGUUGACAGGAAAUAGCCACAGAGAGUAUGGAGGAGCAUGGAAGACAUAUAGACACAUAGGAAGGAGUAGGGAAUGACUUGGAGUUUUGUGGUAGUUUCGGUUUGAAAUGGUUGGAGAGACACUCUUAUUGCCAGGUCUCUGGACAAAAUGGAACACCAGCUGGAUGCUCCCCGCCCUCUCUUAACUAGCAGGUUUUCACCCCAACAUCUGAUUCCUGAGUCUUUCUUGGUAAAUACAACAAUAGAGAGUUAGGUAUAAACUACAUGUGGUGGCUGUGGCAGAGUCUGUGCCAGCAGAACCAGAAAUCCCACCAGGCCAUUGCCUGAGCAACAGGGUGUUGAAUGCAGGGUCGUAGGGCCACAGUCAGAAGCAACCACUGAGCUAACCGAGGAACAACAUGAACACAUCAGAAUAUACAUAUGAAAAAGAAACCUUACAAUUAUAGUGAAUGUGAGAAAUCCUUUA